AUGUUGGAAGCGAAUGCAACCUUGGUCGAUUGGCAGGUGAUGCAGGCUGCCCAGGCAUUAUAUGAAGUCACUGUCAAGCUGGCGGAUGAGCUCCCGUAUACACCAACAUCCCUCUCCAGUCCUGUUUUCGUGGCUUUAUGUCCUGUUCAGGAAGUCUCAGCCAUGUUGCAUCGAGAUCUCGCAGAGACGUUCGGCAUGAAGUCCUCCAAGUCUGUUACGCUGACUGCUACCGAGGAUGCCAGCGACCAGAUUCUUCUUUCUCCAACCUCUGAACUCGACCCCAGAAGAGUUCCCAGUAUCGUAAACCACGAGCAUCCAUCCGAGGAGGUACUUCAUCAGUUUGCCCUGCACCAACCUCACGGCAAGUAUGGAUUUAAGCAUUCAGCCACGCUUCUCGAACCCGAAAGCCCGGACCCGAAGGUUUCACGAUGCUCUGGAUCCGCUACGCGUAAGAAGCUGGGAUCCGAACUGGUAUGUUCAACGAUGUCGGACUCGACAUAUGCAGUUUGCAAAGUGGGCAUUCUACAGAAGUAG